GUGUGUGUGUGUGUGUGUGUGUGUGUGAGCGGGGGUGCAGCAGCAGCCUCUGAAACACAGAAAGCUUCUCCCCGAGUCGACGGCUGCUCCUUUGCUCUGCAAGAUGCGAGGUCUGCUCUCAGUGACACUGCUGCUGCUGCUGCUGCUGACUCUCAGCUGCGAGGCCAGCCGGAGGAACAAGAACCACAAAGCUGGUAAACAUGAUAAGACCCGCCCGACCUCAGACUGCCCCCCCGCAGAGACUCAGUACGGGAAGUGUGUCCCUGAACACGGAGACUGUGGAGACGGCCUGAGAGACGCAGCCUGCAGAGAGCAGAGCGACAAGAUCCACUGCAGGAUCCCCUGCAACUGGAAGAAGGACAUCAGUGACUGUAAGUAUAAGUUCGCCCCCUGGGGGUCCUGCGGCGCCGACACGAACACGAAGAGCCGCUCAGGAACUCUGAAGAGAGCGCUGUUCAACGCAGAGUGUGAGGCCAGCGUCACGGUGUCCAAACCCUGCGUCCCCAAAGUCAAGAAGACCAGAGGGGAGAAGAAGACCAACUGAAGAACAGAAGAAGAUGAAGAUGACCUCCUCCUCCUCCUCCCUCAUCUUCCUUCAUCACGAACCGAGACUCCUCUGAAACACUGCGACCUUCGACCUUUGCUCUGAUCCGUCCCCGUGUGUUUACAGUGUGAAGCCCCCCCCCCCCAGGACCCUAGAUGUUAUGAUAACCCUGUCCCUGUAGCUCAGAGUCUAACGUAGUCCUGGAGGCUUCUGACAGGAGCUCCGGCUGAGAGGAGUAGCUCCUCCGCUGGUCCUCCGUCAAAUCUAUUUUUUGAACUAUAGAUUAUUGACGAUGUAUACAUGAAAUAAAAGCUGUACAUUGUUCUGA